UGACUUAAGUCAAUCGGGUGGGGGCCGGCUCAACUGAAAGAGGUAUAGGAAAAUAUGGAGCCAGUAUGCGAUGACGCUGCGGACGGGUGUGUGCCGGGCUUUUGCCUUGGCGACCCUCGUAUUUCUUACGAUAGUGACUCAAAGUGACGCUUUGGGCAAAUGCUCGGGAUGUGCUUACCCAGUGAAAUGCAAUUGUACGGGAAUCAAAGGUCGUGUUGGAGCGGCGGGUAUUCCCGGAUUAGAUGGCUUACGUGGACCACCGGGUGACACCGGAUAUCCGGGAGGUCCAGGGAGUAAAGGUGAAAAAGGCUCGGAUGGAAAUUAUGGACUUGUAGGAGACAGAGGACCACGAGGCGACCCAGGUGAUCGAGGACCUGACGGAUUUCAUGGAACACCGGGACAAAUUGGUUUACAAGGACCCGAAGGUCCAGAAGGCUUGGACGGUUGUAAUGGAACAGACGGAAGACCAGGAACACAAGGUACCAGAGGUUACCCUGGAAUACGUGGUUCCCUAGGACCAGAAGGAGAUCAAGGAUUGCGCGGAGAACCCGGUGAUGGAGGUGGUAACUCAAUCGGCACAAAAGGAGACCGAGGUGAGGCCGGAUAUGAUGGUCUACCUGGAUUAGUAGGUCCUUCAGGUCCUUCAGGAAUGAGAGGCUACCAAGGAUUAACAGGGCAACAAGGUAUUAUCGGUCCCCAAGGCGCAAUGGGUCCUCCAGGAGAACCGGGAGCAGAACGACAAGGCGAAAAGGGUUUAAAAGGUGACCAAGGAGAGCCGGGAAUAAAGGGCGAGAGCGCUGACGAUGCAGGAAGUCAAGAGGAGGCCCCUGGAUCGGAGUUACUUAAAGGACCACCGGGUGAUAAAGGAAUGAAAGGGGAAAUGGGUGAUAAGGGAUGGAAAGGGUUUUAUGGAGCCAAAGGCAGAAGAGGCAUCCCAGGAAAUAAAGGUGCAGCGGGUUAUAAAGGAGAACGUGGUGAGGAUGGUCCGCUUGGUAAGCAAGGUAAAACAGGUCCCUCCGGUCCACCUGGUGAAAAAGGUUACAAAGGUGCCCCUGGAUAUGAAGGAUCAUCCGGUAGCGAUGGACUUAAAGGUGAUCGAGGCCAAGAUGGUGCCCCAGGUGUACCCGGCGAACAAGGUUACUCAGGGCCUCCAGGUGUAUACGAUCCAUUCCUAGACAAAAUAAUUCAAGGCGUUCCAGGACGCCAGGGACCGCAAGGAUAUCAAGGCCCACCCGGGGUAAGCGGCCUACCAGGAUUUCCAGGACAAUCCGGCCCAAUUGGACCUCCCGGUCCCCCAGGACCUCCAGGUCAAAUGGGUCUUCCUGGUAUUAAAGGUAUUUCAAUAAAGGGAGAACGAGGUGAUGAUGGUUUGCCCGGAGUUCCCGGUAAAACCGGUCAGCCGGGUCCUCAGGGUCCGGAGGGUCUUGCUGGAGAGAAAGGUAUAAAGGGUGAAACAGUGGUCGGACCGCAAGGACCUUCGGGUAUACCCGGAUUAGAUGGAUUUGAUGGCCCACCAGGUGAAAGAGGUGACCCUGGAGAUAGAGGACCAAAAGGCUUUCCUGGAGUUGGACAACCUAUAAGAGGACCUCGAGGUCCCGAAGGUCCAAGAGGAUUGCCUGGUUUCCCUGGAGAUAACGGAAUACCUGGUUUAAACGGAUGGCCAGGCUUCAAAGGUAGAAGAGGCGAUGAUUGUGGCGUCUGUAGACCAGGACGCGCUGGUGCCAGAGGAGAUGCUGGAGAAAAUGGCAGAAACGGCCGCCCAGGUCCGAUUGGCUUUAUCGGUUUACCUGGCAGCAGAGGACCUCAGGGAUUCCCUGGUAAACAAGGACCUCCUGGAAAGGACGGAUUGGAUGGUGUUCCCGGAACACCCGGUCUGUCUGGACGUCCAGGACCGCCUGGACCACCCGGUAUACUUAUUUAUCCACCGGCGAGCUUAUUAAAUCCAGAAAAGGGCGACGUCGGAUUACCGGGAUGGCCUGGUCGCGAAGGUCCCGUAGGGCCACCUGGAAUUAAGGGAAUGGCCGGUGAGUGGGGACCCCCAGGAGUUACUGGGCCAGUUGGGGAUCACGGAGAUGAUGGAUCAUCGGGAAGAGAUGGACAGCCCGGUCGGCCAGGACUUCUAGGACAGAAGGGUGAUCGUCAUGAUAUUCCCAAAGAAUUUCUUCGGGGUGAUCAAGGUUUUCCGGGACGUCAAGGACCGAAGGGUAUCCAAGGUGAUACUGGACCGAUGGGGCUGGAAGGUACUAUAGAAAACUUAGUCGAUUUAAAAGGAGAUCGUGGUCAGCCCGGUGAGCCCGGAGACCCUGGUCGAGAGGGUUUACCAGGUUUAAAAGGAGUAAGAGGAAAUCCUGGCUGGCCGGGUUUGCCAGGAGACCAGGGUCCCGCAGGUCUAUCCAUUCCAGGACCUGUUGGCCUCAAAGGCUACCCAGGAAUUAUGGGAGAUGAAGGUCCGAGAGGUCCUUCAGGACAACCAGGAACUCCCGGAGAAGCUGGGUUGCCAGGUGGCAUGGGAUUGAAGGGCGAACGGGGAAAUCCUGGACUUCCAAUAAUUUAUGGAGAUAUAGGUUUACCAGGACCCACAGGACCGAAAGGAGAACCUGGCAAUGAGGGGCCCAUGGGCUAUCCCGGAUUUCCAGGGAAACCAGGAAUAAAAGGUUUCAAAGGUACCAAAGGAGCUCCAGGUUAUGCAGGACUUCCAGGUCCCAUGGGAAUAAAAGGUCAAAUAGGCAUUCACUACCCAGGUCCUCCAGGUCGUCCAGGUGCACCAGGUUUGAUGGGUAGACCUGGAGAUUUUGGAGAUUUCGGUGAGAAAGGCGAGGAUGGUGAGGACGGAUAUCCUGGAAUACAGGGUGCUAAAGGAGAUGUUGGAGAAUUUGGUUUUAUGGGAAGACCUGGUGAUGAAGGAGAUAUCGGACUGCCUGGUUAUGACGGAGCUAAUGGAUUACCUGGACUAAUGGGAGAACCCGGUCAAAGAGGAGAUAUCGGUUAUCCAGGAUACCCUGGACCACCCGGAAUGAAGGGAAAUGUAGGCCCAAGAGGUGACAAAGGGCUGAUCGGCGAUGUGGGACCUAAUGGACUCCCCGGUUUACCUGGUGACCCCGGAAAAACUGGGCCCAUGGGAGAACCUGGCUUACCAGGUUUGGACGGUCAAAAGGGUGAAAGUACUUUUAGUGGUCAAAAAGGGGAAGCAGGUGAAACCGGGCUUAUUGGACCUCCAGGAUAUGAUGGUUUUCCCGGCCUACAAGGUCCAAAAGGUCGAAUAGGCGAUCAAGGGCCAAACCAUGUUGGGGCGCCCGGAAUAAGAGGACCUAAGGGAGAACAAGGAUUCCCGGGCAGGCCUGGAGGAUUUGGAUUUAAAGGCGACGUAGGCGAUAUCGGAACUCCCGGUUCAAAGGGACAAUCUGGUGACCAAGGAACACCUGGUUUUGAUGGCAGGCCUGGCUUUCCCGGAUUGGAAGGUGCAAGAGGUGUGCGUGGUGAUGCCGGAGAACCAGGACUUCCAGGUCUUAAGGGACAACCGGGAAUGGAAGGAGAGCCUGGAUUAAUUGGUCUGCCUGGUUUACCCGGCCCAAUAGGAGAUCCAGGUCCAAGGGGUCCACUGGGACGACCAGGUCCGAAGGGUAAUCGAGGGUUGCCUGGUAUGACUUUACCAGGAUUCGCCGAAAAAGGAGAUCGUGGAGAGUUUGGAAUGUUUGGAUUAAGUGGUCGCAAGGGACAACUAGGAGACUAUGGCGCUCCAGGAUGGCCAGGAGUGAGAGGAGACCGUGGUAGAAUAGGGGAACCAGGAAUUAGAGGAGAUACGGGUGCUAUAGGUCGAAAGGGACCUAUGGGUGAAGAGGGCAUAGAAGGAAUGCCCGGAUUACCGGGACAAAAUCCCGAACCGGGAGAACCUGGUAUACCAGGACAAGAUGGUUUACCCGGUUUGCCUGGUAGGGUUGGGCAAAAGGGUGCUCCAGGUGAAGCCGGACGUGACGGUCCAACUGGACCACAAGGGCGUCCAGGUCUUUCUCUAAAUGGAAUCAAAGGUUUGCCAGGAGAUGCAGGUUUAGACGGACCGGAAGGUCCUUUCGGCGCAGAAGGGUUACCGGGUCGAGACGGUCGGCCGGGUAUUCGAGGUCCUAAAGGUAUGACAGGCGAUUACGGACUACCGUCCGGAAGUUUUAAGGGCCAGAAGGGAGAUAUGGGAUAUGCUGGCUCCAGAGGGUUUCCUGGAAGAAAGGGGGAACGGGGCGACUCUGGAUUACCAGGAUUUGCAGGCCAACCAGGAUACCCUGGACCAAUCGGUUUACCUGGUGACAUAGGACCUAAAGGUUAUCCCGGUUUUCCUGGACCUACUGGACCAAAGGGAGAUGCUGGCGAUUGGGGUUUAAAUGGCUUCCCAGGAGAGCCUGGUGAUGAGGGUUUACCUGGUUUGGUUGGCAUGCACGGGCUUCCAGGGCGAGACGGUAAAAAUGGUUUGCCAGGUCUUCCAGGGCUGAAGGGCAUCAUGGGAGAUGUCGGAGAGCCCGGUCUACCGGGAUUCGAUGGUAGAAAGGGCUUACCUGGAGCUCCAGGUAUUCCGGGAAGAAAUGGUAACCCUGGUUUAACAGGUCGCCAGGGUGCGAAAGGAGAACCGGCAAUACCAGCACCACUGCCCAAAAGCCGAGGUUUUAACAUUGUUCGCCAUUCACAGUCUGAAAUAGUACCCGUUUGCCCUCAAAAUACGGUCAAGUUAUGGGAAGGUUUCUCUCUUUUGCACAUACACAGCGAAAAAAGGACACAUGGACAAGAUCUCGGUAAUCCGGGAAGUUGUAUUAGAAGAUUCAACACGAUGCCUUAUUUAUUGUGUAACCUGAACGAUGUGUGCGAUUAUGCUAACACAAACGACUACAGUUACUGGCUCUCCACUACCGAACCGGUGCCAAUGACCAUGACUCCCAUUUAUGGCCACGAUAUUCAGAAAUAUAUUUCUAGAUGUUCGGUAUGUGAAGCUCCCACUCGUGCUAUUGCUAUCCACAGUCAAACUAGUGAUGUACCUCAAUGUCCCACCGGUUGGGAUGAAUUAUGGAUCGGAUGGAGUUUCAUGAUGGGAACAGAUGGAGGUGGAGGAGGUUCUUCCCAAUCACUUGUUUCACCAGGUUCUUGUCUGGAAGACUUCAGAACUAAACCGUUUAUCGAAUGUCACGCUCACGGAAGGUGUAAUCAUUAUGCCAGUUCCUUGUCUUUCUGGCUGGCAACUAUUGACGAAUAUGCACAAUUUAAGAAGCCGGUGCCGCAAACCUUGAAGUCUGGAUAUCUGACUUCUAAGAUUAGUAGAUGCGCUGUCUGCCUGAGGAGAAUGCCUUCAAGGGCAGAUAGGGUGCAACCUGCCAACCUUCAGACCCAUUAUCAACCAGCCAGUCCGGCCUAUAAUCCGUAUGGGCCUCAGUACAGAAGUUAUUCUAACUACAGGGAUAAAAUACCUAGAAGACGUAGACCGCAAGCUUCAUAUUAUAAUAGACUAGGUUAAAAAAAAUUUAAUAUAAUUGUGGAUAAUUUUACAUUAAAACAUGUUUGUGCUGAUAACGUCUUGUAAUUAAUAUUUUUUUUUUGUAAUUUAUUAAGGUUAAGGAUAGGGUAGUUAGGGAAAAACAGAUAUUUUGUAAAUAAACACAUUAUUUUGUUAGGUUUUUUUAUAUACAAAAAUUAAUUACAAGGGUCGCAAUUAUGACAAUAUUUUACCUUUUGUGGUAAACUUAAAUAUGACGCGUUAAGUAUUUAUGUAAGUAUGUAAAAUAUGUGCCAUUAGUCAUGUUAAGGUGAUCUUUUUGGUCAAUUUCUUUGACAAACUUAACUAUGAGAAUUUCUUAUACGUUCGGCCAAGGUGAUUAAAAUAGCUAUUAAUAUAGGUGUAAGUGGAAAUGUAUGUUACAAAGCUUUUUUUAGCCCUAAUAACAAUGCUUUAAAAAGUUCACUGCCGUAAUACAAUGUUUAAUAUUGUGUUAGAAAAUCUGGAUAAUAUAUCAAAUCGUUUUCUUAAAA